AUUACGAAAAUAAUUUGUUUAAACGCUGUGAAAAAAAUUUUAAUAAUUAAAUAAAAGUUUUUCUAAGCGAAAAAAAAAAUAAAAAUGGCAAAAAGUCCGCUAUUUUAAGUGCUGGAGAAUUUUUUCACUCAGCCGAAAUGCAAGCGUAAAACAGACGAAAAAAUUGUGUGUGUACCAACGAAAGAGAGGUGAAAACGGAAUUUGCGAAAGCGAGAGAAGAAGAAGAAAUUUUAAGAGAGAGAGAAAUAAUCGGUGAACGAGUAAAGUGUUGCGCCCUGGAAAAAUGAUGGAAAACUACGAGGACAUGGACAUACGAUUGGGGCACGGACACAGGCACAUCAACGCCAAAGAGUUAGUCAACGUUCGCGAGGUCACAAUGCAACAACAGAGCACGGAUGCAACUGAAUUUAUUAAUUUCGAAGGCAGUCAAACAGAUUUCGGUUUUGGCGCUGAAAUUCUAUCAACAAACUCUGUUGUAGUAGCAGCAGCAGCGGCAGAAGCAACAAGCGAAUCGCAAACAAAAGCAAAUAGUGAAAUCAAAACAAAACCCAUGCCUAAAAUUAAAGAACAAGAAAUUGCCGCCAAGAAAAAGCAACAGAAGCAACAAUUGGAGAAAUCCAACAAAUCCAACUCGGAAGCGGACGAUGACGAAGAUUUUAAAUCGAGCUCGACUAACAGCGAAAAUGGCGAUGGGGAAUCCUUCGAUGCAUCAUCCAGCACGGACGGCUCCUCAGUUAGCCUGCUCGACUGCAUCUCAGUGGGCCUAACCGACUGGAAGAUAAGUUGGCUACAACGUGAGUUCUACUCCGGUCGUGUGCCACGGCAGUUGAUUGAGAGCAUUCUCCCGCAUCUUACAGAGGACGGAGACCCAAACCAAAUAUGGUACCAGCUGUCCAAUUUGCUCACUGAGCCCAGGCGACGCAUCAAGCUGGAAACGGUGAACACAUUUGACGAUGUCAUUACCCUAGUGCGGAAAUCCCAACGCAUUAUAGUGCUCACCGGCGCCGGCGUAAGCGUAUCCUGCGGCAUACCGGACUUUAGGUCCACCAAUGGCAUCUAUGCGCGCCUAGCGCACGAUUAUCCCGAUUUGCCCGAUCCCCAGGCCAUGUUUGACAUCAACUAUUUCAAACGAGAUCCGCGUCCAUUCUUUAAAUUUGCACGUGAAAUCUAUCCCGGCGAGUUUAGCCCAUCGCCUUGCCAUCGCUUCAUCAAGAUGCUGGAGAUCAAAGGCAAAUUGUUGCGCAACUAUACCCAAAACAUUGACACCCUGGAGCGUGUGGCAGGCAUAAAGCGCGUCAUUGAGUGCCAUGGCUCAUUCUCGACGGCCAGCUGCACCAGAUGCCGCUACAAGUGCAAUGCAGAGGCACUGCGUGCGGAUAUCUUUGCCCAGCGCAUACCCGUCUGCCCCAGAUGCCAGCCGAAUGUGGAGCACAGCGUGGAUGCUUCGGUGGCUGUCAAUGCGGAGCAGCUGAGGCUGCUUGUGGCGCGUGGCAUUAUGAAGCCCGAUAUUGUUUUCUUUGGCCAAGGUCUACCCGAUGAAUAUCACAAUGUGAUGGCCACCGAUAAGGAUCGUUGCGAUUUGUUGAUUGUCAUUGGCUCUUCUUUGAAGGUGCGUCCCGUUGCCCACAUUCCCAGCAGCAUACCACCAAAUGUGCCGCAGAUUUUGAUCAAUCGCGAGCAGCUGCCCCAUUUGAAAUUUGACGUCGAACUGCUGGGCGAUUCCGAUGUCAUUAUCAGUCAGAUCUGUCAUCGCAUGGCUGCCGAUCGCGUCAACUGGCAAGAAAUUGCCGGCGAUGAGGAAGUGCUGUGUGAGUCGAAUGUGCUGCUGCCACCCUUUGGGCAAUAUCCAUCGCCAUCGCAGGCGGAUACAGAUACGCAAUCGGUCAGAUCGACUGGCUCUGCAGCCGGCACCUGCUCCGACAGCGGCUUUGAAUCGUCCACGUUUACAGCCGUGCAGCCCAAGCGUCCGAUCACUGUCAAUGCGGUGGACCAGGCGGCCAUUGAGCGCAUCAAAAGCGAUAUAUUAACGGGUCUAGAGGAUCCGCCUGUUUUCGCCAGCACCAGCGCACAAGCGGCAGCAAUACGUUCGCUUUCGAUCGACUCUGGCAAGGACAGCGGCCUCGAUCCCUUCGACUUGCUGCGUGCCAGCAAUAUUGAGAUUGGUCCCAGCCCUCCAGCCUAUGCAGCAAAUACGCAGGCGCAAAUGAAGAUACCAGCACCGCUAAUGUCGCCGCCGCCGCCACGCAGGCGUCAGACGAUCGCUGAACGCUUGCAGCCCGGCACCUUCUACUGUCACCGCAACAGCUCCUCGUAUGUAUUUCCCGGCGCGCAAGUCUUUUGGGACACCGACUUCAGCGAUGAUGAGUCAGAUGACGAUACUUGCCCCGGCGAUCUCUUUAGCAGCGUGGUCGACAGCGAUGAUGAGGAGUGCGAUCUAAAUGAAGUGCCGCUGUCGCCGCUGCUGACGCCGGGCCUGGAGGCACACAUUGUGACAGAUCUGACCAGCGAUUUGUUUGCCGCCGCCGCCGCCGACAACAUCAGUCCCAACAAGCGGCGACACAGCUCACUGCAAUUGCCAGCACCAAACGCAGAGGAAGCUUGGGCUGCAUUACAAGCAGCUCGAGCACAUGCAGUGACGCCGCCGCCGCCGAUAAAGAAGCGACGAUCAAGCGUUGAGGAUAGCUCUGUCUAAGCGCUAAACUAUUAGUUAUAGUAUUUAUAAUUUAUUAUUGUGUUUACGCUUUGCGUUCAUUAAUUCAUUUGCUGGCAUUGUCUAGAGAAGCUCAAACCCAAAAGUCCCACACAAAACAAGAUACGAGGCUUCCCUCUCUCUCUCUCUCAAUUCGCAAAUGUUUGCUUAUUCCCUUUUGAUAUUUUCUCUAAAAAAAACAACAAGAACAUUGCAAUUUUGUUGCUUGUAUUUAUUUUCUGCAAUUUUAAAUUGUUAGUAUUAUGCCCUAAGUUGUUAUUGAGGCCUUCUUUAUUAAGCAAAAAAAAAAAAACAAAAACAAACAAAGUUAAAAGCACAGACAAGUUGGCAUAGCGCAAAGUAGUUGCCUCAACUUAGUAGCCUAGAUCGUAAGCAUAUAUAAUAUUCAACAUAUAUUAUUCUUAUCUACAUCUAAAUGUUAGCAUUUAAGAGCUGGACACAUGCCCUCCCCCCCUGUAUAUAAGUGCACCUAUGUAUAUUUCAAAAGAUUUUUUUCAACUAUACAUUAAGACUUUGAUUAAAAACUAUUUCCUUAUUUCUUACUCUAUACUGGUUAUGGCAACUAUAUAUUCAUACACACAACUCACACACACACACACACACACACACAGUUUCAAAUGCACCCGCAACACAUAAAAUAUUUAGGAAAAAUAUCUUAUAUUGAUGUGUCGCCAGUAAACUGGCUUUGCGUUUAACCGAAAAAUUUGAAAACAAUUCUUAGCAUAAUUAUCAAAAAAAAUACAAAAUAUAUAUAUAUGAAUAAUAGCCACCAAACUCUCGAUGUGUAAUGUUAGCUGUUAAUCACUUAGCUGUAUGAUAUUCAAAUCGCAUAAACUGUAUUAAUAUCCAAAAAAUAAACCAAUUAUUUCUGAAGUUGUUGAGC